UGUACAGAAAAAAUGGCGGACCGGCUAACGCAACUCCAAGACGCUGUCAAUUCGCUUGCAGAUCAGUUUUGCAAUGCCAUCGGCGUCUUGCAACAGUGUGCGCCUCCUGCCUCCUUCAGUAACAUCCAGACGGCUAUCAACAGAGACCAGCCAGCAAACCCAACCGAAGGUGAUCUUUGUUGUUUGGUCCUAUAUCUAAUCACUUUUCUUGUCUUCUCAUGUAAUAUACCUUUCCUCGCAACACUGACAGAUUUAGAUUAUCGAUGUACCAAUCCAAUAUUGGCCUUGUUUCCGUCUGUGCCCUCUCGCCAGGCGGCCAGUCUGCGGCAGCUGGAGGAGGAGAACCACGAGGCCGCCGCCCGUCUGGAGGAGGUGGUUUACCGCGGCGAUAUGCUGCUGGAGAAGAUCCAGAGCGCCCUGGCUGACAUCGCCCAGUCUCAGCUCCGCACCCGCAACGGAACACCUCACCAGCCCUCACCAGCCGAAUCCUGACCGGCAGUGUGCAAAAACGCAGCUCUGGACAAUUUUCAGCUAUUUCCCUUCUCCCCAUUCUGACUCUUCGUUUUUGAAACGUCAGGG